GUUCAGUGCUCGGGCAACUUCCUAGCGCGUCGGUUCAGUUCAGUCCAGUGGAUUCGAGACACGAAAGGACUCAGUUUCAAACUAAAAAUUCCAAAGUUUCGAAAACGGGUUUCGAGUGGCGCGAAACAACAACGAUACAAUGAUACAAUUACUCUAGCUGAAAGUCGAGAGAAGAGUUUUUGACAAGUGUUAGUUGAUUAUUUUCAAGUUUUUUUUUAGUGUUGGCCAGUGCUUUGGACUAGUUUCGAAGCUUUGCUUGUUUUUUCGAACAAGCAUCCCCAUCAAAGUAAACACAUGAGAAGUCAUGCUAAUGGAAGCUAGGACAGUAUUAUGAUGAACUUGCUGGUGGUGAAGGAGAGCGGCGAGCGGAUCGCCGACAUCAGCUGUAGCCAGGAGCAUACUACCAAAUUUUCACCAAAAUUGUCCCAAGUAGCCAAACAUCGCAAGCUGGCGCAGCUCGAGAUUGCAUCAGGUUCGGGAUUGGUGGGAUUAGGAACGGGAACUGGUACCGGAAGUGGGUGUGGUCCAGCUAUUCGGUGGCAGCUAUUGCUACUGCUCUUGCUCGGUAACUGCAUUGAUCUUACCGUUUCGAACAAAAUCUCCUCAGUGGGCGCCUUCGAGCCGGACUUUGUGAUUCCGCUGGAGAACGUGACCAUCGCCCAAGGUCGGGACGCGACCUUCACGUGCGUGGUGAACAACCUCGGUGGUCAUCGGGUGAGUGGUGACGGUUCGUCAGCCCCAGCCAAGGUCGCCUGGAUUAAGGCCGAUGCCAAGGCAAUUCUGGCCAUUCACGAGCACGUGAUAACCAACAAUGAUCGAUUAUCGGUGCAGCACAACGACUACAACACAUGGACGCUCAACAUACGCGGCGUCAAAAUGGAGGACGCCGGCAAAUACAUGUGUCAGGUCAACACGGAUCCCAUGAAGAUGCAGACGGCCACCUUGGAAGUGGUCAUCCCACCGGACAUUAUAAACGAAGAGACCUCCGGGGACAUGAUGGUCCCAGAGGGCGGAUCCGCCAAGCUCGUUUGCCGAGCACGUGGUCAUCCGAAGCCGAAGAUCACGUGGCGACGCGAAGAUGGCAGGGAGAUUAUUGCCCGCAACGGCUCACACCAGAAAACAAAAGCACAAUCGGUGGAGGGCGAAAUGCUGACGCUGUCGAAGAUCACGCGAUCGGAAAUGGGCGCCUACAUGUGCAUUGCCUCCAACGGAGUGCCACCGACGGUGAGCAAGCGGAUGAAGCUACAGGUGCACUUUCAUCCGCUGGUGCAAGUGCCAAAUCAAUUGGUCGGCGCCCCGGUCCUUACGGAUGUCACAUUAAUUUGCAAUGUCGAGGCAUCGCCGAAGGCCAUCAAUUAUUGGCAGCGCGAGAAUGGUGAAAUGAUUAUUGCCGGCGAUCGUUACGCUCUCACCGAAAAGGAGAAUAAUAUGUAUGCCAUCGAAAUGAUUCUGCACAUCAAGCGGCUGCAGUCAAGCGAUUUCGGUGGCUACAAAUGUAUCUCGAAAAACAGCAUUGGCGACACCGAGGGCACCAUCCGCCUAUAUGAAAUGGAGCGUCCUGGGAAGAAAAUCCUUCGUGAUGAUGAUCUCAACGAAGUGUCGAAAAACGAGGUGGUGCAGAAGGACACGCGCAGCGAGGAUGGGUCACGCAACCUGAACGGCAGACUCUAUAAGGACCGCGCUCCGGAUCAGCACCCGGCCAGCGGGAGUGACCAGCUGCUCGGACGCGGGACAAUGCGGCUAAUCGGGACAUUUCUAUUAGCCUUAUUGGUAUUAUUCACAGCGCUGGCCGAGGCCGGGCCAACAACAUUGUCCUGCCGCACAAAAGGCGGCAGACAAAAGAAGGCCAAGGAAACGAGCUGGAAUGGGCGGCGGGCAAGGGACGGCAGAGAGGAUGGGCACGCGGCAGAGUGGAGGCAGUGCUGGGAGAGAUCGGCGCUUAGUUGGAGGCGGUCAGCGCCUCCAGAGUUAGAUUAUUAUAGCUUAAUUCAAUUGUAAUUAUACAAACAAGAUUAUGAUGCAAGGGUCUCCUGUUCCCGAGUCCCGCUCCUGCCACACACACCUGGCACGGGCCAGGAAACAAAGGCAUUAAUCAAUGGGGAUGCCGGGGCUACCACCCACCACUUCACUGACUAAUCAUCUACGCCUAUGCUAAUUGCAAGUGGGUGGGGCGUCAAGACGGGACAGCGCUAAUUGAAUGCAUAUUAAAUCAAAAGGGAAAAGAGAGAAAACCUAAAGUGUCGUAGUUAAGUGGAAAAGAAAACGCGUUUAAAUGUUACCUCGUUAGUGGAAAAUGAUGGCAAGGGAAAGCCCAAAUCCCCCCCACAAGUGGACGUCAACUAUAAACCAUAUUACGAUUAAAUGGUGUUCGGCUCUUUAAAUGGCUUUAGCUACUAUAAAGUAAACAAAAGUACGCCCGCAGAAGGAUAUUUGCGUACUAUAAAUAAUGAUUACGAUAAAGACAUUGAUACGUAUAUUUCUACAUGUCUAUAUAAUAAAGUAACGUUCGCUUUCGUUCAACUAAGUCCCUAAUUUGUUGAGUUCGUGUUUCUAGAUGAAAUAUAUACACAUAUACAUGAAUCUAUAUGUAUUAGGUGUUUAAUCAAGAGUUCUGUAUAUAUAUUUAAGGCCUGCUCAAAGAGAAGGACAUCCGCGGCUAAAGAAAUACGUUUAGACGAUCCUUGCAUAUCGUAAGCUGUAAAUAUUUACACCCUUAGUGAACCCGAGAAAGUUUCGUUGUUAUUAUGGUAAAAAUGAUUCUAUUUUGAAUCCCUUUGUUGUCGUCACCCUCGUUCUCAUGGCUCAAAAGACUAGACUGCGGACCCUAGAUUUAAGCCAUAUUUGGAAUCCCAUAAGCAUAGUAUCCGCUAAUGGUGUGUGUGUGUGCGUGAUUUUAGCAAAGAAAAUUUAAGCCGACUAAUGUUCAUAUACUUUAAAAUAUCUAUAACGCUGAGAUUUUAGAUUAAUUUUUAAUGUAUGUAGGUGUGCUAAGUUUGAGCCUGGCCAAAAAUUUGGAUCAAAAGGUAAAGAGAAAGUUUAGUGCAAAAUAUGUUGCGUAAAUUUAUUCACUCUAAACUCAAUGCACAAUGCAGAACCUGCACACUUUCAGACGACUUUAAUUGUUUACUAUGUAGGAGGUUAGCAAACUAUUUAAAAAAUUCUUGAAAAUUCUUGAUUGCUUGAAUGUAGAAAUUUAUAUAAUUCUUCAGACCUUAUUUUACUUAUAUAUUAGAUUUGCGAUAUAUGUAUGUACAUUUUCUAACGCCAGACUCACACACACACACACACACACACAGUGAAGCCAGCCGCGGUGCCCACGUACAUGUUUCCGUAUUACUCAUGUGUGCGUGUCCAGUUCAAUUCCAUGUUUAAAUAGAAUGUAAAUCAAAGGAAAGGAAAUCAGAAUAAACCGAAAUAAAUGUGCCAAAAGCAUUAAAAGCAACUCGAAUUAAAUCAGUGCGCGAGGCGAAAAUAAGCAGAGGUAAUACCGAAUAAAAUGUGUGUGUUCAUAUCUGAAAUACAAAAUACAAAAUACAAAUUAAAAAAUACAAAUUACAAAAUACAUGAUACAAAAUUCAUGAUACAAAAUACAGUAAUACCCAGACAUAUGUAUAAUCCGCAUAUCCAACUUCGUUCCCCCAAAAAAAUCCAGUUGGUAAGCAUUAUUUGAAGGCCGACUACUCAGAUGUACUCUGACUCAUAUACGUACCAAAAAGCAAAUGUAUGGCGUGGCAAGCAGGAAGGGGGGAAUACAUUUUAAAUUUAAUGAAGAUAUGAAUAAAGUAAAGUUAAUUAAAUAUAGGGAAUAUUUUUUUUUUUUUGCGGGUACGCGAGCAACGUAAUCGCCUAGCAAAUCAAAGUUACGUUUAACCUACACGUGUAAGACAAGCAAAAUAAUUAUGAACUCAUCUAAAUGGAAUCCCAGGCCAUCGAAUUGUUGAAAAAUUUAAACUACGGAGUACAUUUAGUGGAAAUUUCAGGCGGGGAUGGCAGGCAAGGUAAACUUACCUAUAGUAAAACAUAAGAAUUAACUAACUAAGCCAGAAAACCAUUCAUGUCAUAAAGCAUUCAAUGUCUACGCUACAGCCAUACAAAAAUAAACCAUAAACGAGAAGAGUAUACAACAUAUUUGACAACUACAUAUGCAAUGAGAAUAUCCAACAAUUUCAAGAUGUAAAACCCAUGUAAAACAAAAACGAAACUUUGCUGCGCGUAAUAAUGCGAAAUUCCUUGAUUCUUGAUUUAACAAAAUAGCGUAAAGAUAACAGCAUUUAGUUGGAUUUGUGUUUUAUGUAUGUACAUAAGAAAUGAGCGAAAACAAAUGUUUGUACUGUAAAAUCUGAUUAUGAAACUGAAUAUUCAAAACGCGCAAUCGAAAAGACCCCACAAACAAUAAAAAACAAAACAAAAAAAAAACAAAAAAUGAUACAAAAAAUAAAAAAGGAAAGUAAAUAAAGAGAAAUACCUAUGG